AUGUCCGGGCCUCUCUUCGGGAUAGUGCCGGCCGGCCAGCCGCUCAUCACGGAUCCGACGUCGACCCCAUCCCCCGGGUCAUUUCUCUACAGGCUACCGACUGCCAAGCCCUCCUCGCACGUCAUGGUGUUCUUGCUACCCAACACCGCACUUCCGGAUGGCGCCGCUGCGGCCAUCUAUGUAGCCAGAGUCGGGGACGUGGAGAGCGCUGCCCAGUCGGGUGCCAGCCCGGAUUUCAGGUUUCUCGGCGCCAUUGGACCCGGCAAGGAGAGUGCCUUGUUCAAAAUCGGCUCGGACGCAGACGACGGAAUCGCAAGCGAGCUUGUCGUUGGGGUGUCGGUUGAGUCUGCGGAUUCCAUCUCUCCACGCCUGCAGCAGCUGUCUGCGGGCAAGAGCCCCGCGGCGUCGCUGUCCGGCUCUUCGCAGCCAUCCACGAUUGCGCUAGCCCAGCGGAUAAUUCGUAAUGCGUUCAAUUUCCUUUCGAGUUUCAGCGGCUCUGCCGGACCUGGAGGUGUAGAAGUUGUUCCUCUCAAAGCUUUUGAGGAAUGGUGGCGCAAAUUCGAAUCUCGGAUCCGCGCUGACCCGAGUUUUCUCGAGAGACAGGCAGAUUGA